ACGAAGGAUUAGUUUGUGCAAUUCUCAAUACGUAUACUCAAUAAAUCCGGAAAAAAUAUCAUCACAUCGAAGUACAUUCCCUUAGCUGUGGCAUGCUUUAAUCGUUCCUUCAUAUGCAGCAGACAUGGUAGAGCCGACAACACGCAAGUUUGCAUCCCUAGAAGAGGAGCUGGGCUUCUGGAAGGAGCAAGCAGAGAGAUACGAGCAAAGGGCUGAGGAGGCUCAAGAGGAGCUGCAGGAAUUCCAGCAGAUGAGUCGGGACUAUGAGGCUGAGCUUGAGACAGAGCUGAAGCAAUGUGAGGGUCGAAACAAAGAGCUGCUGCAGGAUAAUCACCGGCUUCGCGUAGAACUGGAAAACAUAAAGGAGAAAUUUGAAGUCCAGCAUUCUGAUGCUUUGAGGCACAUAUCAACACUUGAGGAAGAGCUGGGAGAGACCAGAGCAGUUAGAGAUCAUCUGCAGAAGUAUAUCAGAGAGUUAGAGCAAUCCAACGAUGACCUGGAGAGAACCAAAAGGGCUACCAUCAUGUCUCUGGAGGACUUUGAGCAGCGGAUGAACCAGGUCAUUGAGAGAAACGCCUUUCUUGAAAGUGAGCUGGAUGAGAAAGAGAACCUGCUUGAGUCUGUUCAGAGGCUCAAGGACGAAGCUAGAGACCUUCGCCAUGAGCUGGCUGUACGACAGAAGGAGAGACGUCCAUCCAGCAGCCUGGGCAAAGACACAGAUCGUCCUGAUAUGACGUUACCCUCACCUGGAAAUCCUUCCAUCCCCGUCACACCCUCCAAACCUAUUAGUUCAUAUGUCACAACCCCAGCUUCCAACAUCCGGAGAGGUGAUAGUCUAACAGGAACCCCGCUUACUACAUCGGCUAGAAUAUCUGCACUCAACAUCGUUGGGGAACUACUCAGAAAAGUUGGAAAUUUGGAGUCCAAGUUGGCAUCUUGUCGAGACUUUGUGUACGACACAUCCGUCAACAGACCGGCACUUACAGUUGGUCCUGGCAGUCCUUCGGGUUUAGAUGCAGGUGCUGAGCUCCAGGCGGUGGGCCUGAGCCCCCCUCCUCAGUAUGACAGUUUGGUGAAACGGUUAGAGUUUGGACCAGCUCCUCCAAGAGGGAUCUCCCAUGGUGCCCAGUCUCCACAGGGAGGGGUCAAGAUACUGCUAUGAGAGGGGAGGGGAAAAAACCCUUCCUUUCUCUCUCCCUCCUGACCUUCCUCAUACGACAUCCCUGGACUUUGAGCUGAGCUGUCUUCCUUGUCGCCGUACGUCCUGCUGAUUGUCCUUGCAUCGUGCCCUCACUGAGCAAAGAGAGAGGCUCCGCCCAUUAACGCACGGACUUCUGCUCUCUCAGGCUUGUACCACACCAUAUCACAGGAGGCAGCACUACAUCCUGUGGACCCUACCAUUCGCAGCAUAUCUUCCACUAUAUCUCUAAUGCUGUGGUGGCUAACUUCUUAAAAAAAAAAAAAAAACUCAUGAUGGACCUUCUGUGUUUUCUGUGGUUGGAUCAAGCACAGCAGGGCUUUUUAAACAUUUCUGCUCCUACAUCACUAAUAUAGUGCACUAGCCUAUUAAUCAUUAUCCAUGUAAGGAACAGUUUUAAUAAUUAAAGGCACUGGAAAGUGACCCUGGUAUAGGGACCAAGAAUCCGGAGUAUUGUUUAUGGAAAAGUUGAGCAAAUAUUGUGUUUGUGACCAAGUCAAAACCAAAGCUGUGAUAAAUGGGAAAACUGAAAAUAACAAAAGCAAUAGGUUUGUUUUUCUUUGAGAUAUAUAUGAAAAACAUGGUUGAGCUUUGUCAUUGGCCAGUUCUGUGUUUGUCAUUUCCCAUCAUGUAUUGAAGAACACAGAUUGAUAUUUUUCGUUUAAAAAUAUUUCAGACUGGGUGAGCUGACAAUGAAUUACUUCCUGCCAUGAAUUGGCGUUAGUAUUUCAGCCAGCGCUGCCUUCAUCACUGCUGUUACUUCUUCAGUUUGUGGGCUCUUGCUUUGCUGCAGUGCCACGUCUGAUCCAGUUGUUAAAAUACUGAAACAGAUCAUCGUCUCUGUCAGAUUUUCAUCGAGAGGGUGCCACUUGACUUCAUAGUGGUUAAAGUAAUAGCAUUUAGUAUACCCCCCGACCCCAUUUCAUUAUCAUUCGGGUCCUUCCUAUUACCUCCCUCCAACCAUUUCACACACCAACUAUUUUCUGCUUUACUGGGCUUAUAAAAGAUAAAAUUUAUCAUGCUGCACAUUUAUGAUCUAAUGUUACCAUAAACCUUUUUACUGAUGGUAGCUGACAGUAUAUUUUAGACAGGCACAUGUGCACUUGAAUGUAUAGUAUCUCUUUCUGCCAUUUAGACUUAUAUGGUGGACAUAUGGUAAACAUGAUAAGCAAUAAUAGAUUUCGAAAUGGUCAAAUUAGCACUGUUCCUAUAUUUGUGUAGGUAUAAAGAAGACUCUGAAAUUAGGAAAUGGAGCGAUUCUGAUGUGACAGCUAUGCUUUUCCCUGAAAUGUUUCUGUUUAAACGGAUCUUGUCACUACUGCCAUCCAGCAGCUCAUUAAGCAAAUAUUAAAGUUGCAUAUCUAAAUAUGACCUUUAUACAGUAGCUAUCACUGUAUACUGCACUGUAGCCUUUGUGUAGGAAUUAACUUGUAACAUCUGAAAUCUGGAGGUCCUCCUGUUUGCAGGACAGUUUAAAGGGGGCCUGUCAUGCUUGUUUCUACAGUCAUAUUAAUGUUCUUGAGUGUAACCAAGGCGCUAUGAAGGUCACACAGUUAAAAAUAAUCAUCAUUUGUCUCAUUCAGGACCUUUUUGCAGUCCGAGUUUAUCCACUGCCUGAAACAAGUUAUUGUAGGUCUGCUCCCUACUAAACGGAAGUUUUGAACCUCCCUGUAAUGAACACAUUAAGGAUAUCCUCUUUAACGACAUACAGAGUAGACAGAAAAUAGUCUUUAGAGCAGUCUUGAACUAGAAAUAUUGACUCACAGGGAAUCCUAACACAUAUGCUGAGCUCAUGAUUUGAAACUUUGGCCUUGUUUCAUCUACGAGUGUGACAGAAAGUAAAGGGAAGCAUAACUGGUCCCCUUUAAUCUUCCUUGAGCUACUUCCAGUUGUAAUCCUUGUAACCACUGUGUACUGGCUGUUUGUGUUUAGGACGCCUGCAGCUGCUUCUGUAUGCUGACUUUAAACUGUUUGUGCCUGAGGUACUAUACCCAACUUUUGUCCUGCUGGUUUGCAGUCGUUUUUUCUUUUUCUACUAAACUGAGCAGAUGUGAAUAAUGUGAGUGAGUUACUGACCAAGACAGAAACAUUAAAAGGAGAAAGUCAAACUA